ACAAACCCUUCACAAAACCUCUUUCUCCCUCUAAAUUUUCUCUCUCUAGAAAAAGACCUUCACGCGAAUUGCAGUAAUGGCGGCACUGAACAUGAUUGACUCUACCUUCGAAGUUGACAAGCUCACCUACGAAAUCUUCUCCAUCUUGGAGAACAAGUUUCUCUUCGGCUACGGAAACGCCGAGAAUCCAAAGAAUUCGGUUCCCAAUUCCGUUCACUUUCAGGCGAGGGACGCCAAACACGCCGCCGGCAAGGUCAGGAUUCUCUGCAUUGACGGCGCCGGCGCCACCGACGGCAUUCUCGCCGCGAAAUCCCUCGCGCAUCUAGAGGCCUGUCUCCGGCGAAAGUCCGGCAAUCCGAACGCGCGCGUCGCUGGAUACUUUGACGCCGUCGCGGGCUCCGGCGUCGGCGGCAUCCUCGCGGCGCUGCUCUUCACGCGCGGGAGGGACGGCCAGCCGAUGUUCACCGCCGACGAGGCCCUGAAAUUUCUCACGGAUAACCGCCGCAAGAUUUCCCGCCGACCUGGGAUUCUCCGGCGAGUUCUCCGGCCGGCGGCGAAGGCGGAGAAGCUGUUCCGCAAGACGUUCGGAGAGUGCACGCUGAAGGACACGGUGAAGCCGGUUCUGAUCCCUUGCUAUGACCUCGUCACGCGCGCGCCGUUCGUUUUCUCCCGCGCCGACGCGCUGGAAAUCGACGGUUACGAUUUCAAGAUGCGAGACGUCUGUGCUGCCACGUCAGCUGACCCUUCCUCCGUGGGCCCCACCGAGAUGCGGUCCAUCGACGGAAGGACCAAGAUUGUGGCCGUGGAUGGAGGCGUCGCCAUGAACAAUCCAACGGCCGCAGCCAUCACGCACGUGCUUAACAACAAACACGAGUUCCCAUUCUGUAACGGCGUCUCCGACCUACUUGUUCUCUCACUCGGUAACGGAGAAUCCGACUUUAACGCCGUUAAGUCACCGUCUGGGUUCGUAAGGAUCGCUGGCGAAGGUGCUUCCGACAUGGUUGAUCAAGCUGUAUCAAUGGCAUUUGGGGACUGCCGAAUGAGCAAUUAUGUGAGGAUUCAGUCAAAUGAAAUAAUGGCGAAGGGAAACAAGAUGAAGACAUGCAAAACGGCGUCGGAUUUGUUGGGAGUUACGGAGGAGAUGUUGGGGCAGAAAAAUGUUGAGUCGGUUUUGUUUAAGGGAAAAAAGGUGGCAGAGAACACCAACUUAGACAAACUGGAGUUGUUUGGAGGAGAGUUAAUCAAAGAACAAGAGAGGAGAAAAACCACCAUUUUACCAACUGUAGUGUUAAAGAAUGCCUCUCCCUCACCCAGAACUUCCUCUGCUACUACAUUGUCCACUAUGUCUUCUAGCAGUUAGAUGGGAUUAGCUAAUUAAACAAGGGAGAUUAGGGGGAAAGAAAUCCAAAAUCAGAUUUCAUUAUGAGGUUGAAUUUUUGUGUGAGUUUUUUAAGUCUUGUGGUUUUGGGUUAGCUGCCGCUUGAGAUCAAUUAAGGCAAAUUGAAUCUGAGCUGUGCAGAGCUGAAUCCUUAAUACUACCUACAUUAUAUUUAAUUUUUUCUUUCUUUAGUUUUUUUGGUAUAUAUUACAUGUAUUUAAUCAGAUUCG